UAUCCCUCCAGGAACCCAUAGGAAUAAUAACAAUAAAUUCACUUUUCCAUUCUGAAAUUUGAUCCACAGCUGCAUUAUAUACGCAUUGAUGUCUUUACGUAGAAAAAAUCUUAAGAGUGAUGAGUCUGAUAUCUGACUAAUAACGGCGUCUGAUUUUAUUACUGCAGCGCUCAAUUUGAACUGCGUGGUGCGGUAUGCCAAGAGACAAAGAGGUUUGCGAUUUUCUGGAUGCUGCAUUUUACAAGUCGCCAUAUCGAGACAGGAGAAGUGACUUUUCACCGCAUGAAUUAUCUCAAUGUUUAAAAGAAUCUACUACUCUCUAUGUUGGCAAUUUAUCUUUCUAUACUCGAGAAGAACAAAUUUGGGAAUUAUUCAGUCGAGCCGGUGAAAUUAAACGUGUUAUUAUGGGUUUACACAGAUUUAGUAAAACUCCAUGUGGAUUUUGUUUUGUGGAAUAUUGUACACGUGAAGGUGCAGAAGUUGCAAUGCGAUAUAUUAACAAAACUCGAUUGGAUGAUCGAAUAAUACGAACAGACUGGGAUGCAGGUUUUGAAGAGGGGAGACAAUAUGGAAGAGGACGAAGUGGUGGACAGGUGCGAGAUGAAUUCCGUAGAGAUUACGAUGCUGAAAGAGGCGGUUUUGGCAAAAUAAUUCAACGAGAAGGAGAAUAAUUUUUUAUUUCAGAUUUUUGUAUUUUAUUGUAAAAAAAAUUCAAAUGUACAUACACUUGGGCGUUUUUUCAUCAAUGAAAUUUGGUUAUU